AUGCGGCGAUCGGAUGCGUGCGGACGUCUGGCAGAGAAGCGACGAACCGACAGCAGCCCAAGCCACCUUAAGGUACGCGUCAAUUCAAUUCUAUUCCACUCCACUCGCAUCUAGGGUCAAGGGUAUGGGUGUAGGGUUUCUGCCCUGUAGGGUUUGGAAAAAGAAGACAUCUCGAACGCGAUGUCGUCGAGCAGCAUCGCUGCGAAUGAGGAGUCCCAUCAAGAUCGACUGCUUCUUGACGAGAUCUCUGAAAAACUAGAUGUGAGCAGCGGACACGGGGAAAGAGAAGCCGUGGAGUCCAUGCACGCGUGUGUGUGUUUCUGUGUGCCAGGCGGGCACCCUUGCCAAGCUGAGUAGCCGACUGCAAAAGGCGAAGCUCGAGAGAAGGGAGCUCGCUGAGACCAAGAAGACGCUCGAAGGUACGCAUGCAGCACACAUCGCUACAUGCAUGUCAUGGGUUUCUCUGUCUGUCUGCACUGUGUGUCAGCCGUUCGUGCCAAGCAUGACUCGUGCGUGUCCGAGAACACCCAUUUGCGGCUGCAGCUGGAGAGCCGCACAAACACGCUCACCAAAGACCUCGAGAGCGAGAGAUCGGUCAGCCAGCCAGCCAGCCAGCCAUUCUACACCGUCGGCAUGUCGGCGUGUGUUUGUUUCCGUUUCAGAGGACCCAGAUCGCCGAGAGUGCGUUGUCCAAUGCCAGGCAGGAGUAAGACAUACACGUCCAACCGUCGACUGGUGGAUGGAUGCGGUGACCCAUUCAUUGGUUUGCGCCUCGUGUCGUCAUGGACAGGAUGGACAGUCUGAAGGCAGAGGCGAGUGAGGCAGCCGACAAGUGCGACCGAGCCUUGACAGACAACGACGCACUCGCCAAGCAACUCAAGGAUAAACAACAAGGUGACGUGACACACAUACAUUCAGAGGCAGCAAAUCAAAACCCUUACUUACCUUAUCCAUGUGCACUCGCUGUGCUGUCUUUGUUGCGCCAGCCUACGACGAGCUGACCGCCCAGGCGACUCUUCUCAAGCAGGAGAACGCCAAAUACAAGUGAGCGGCAUUCAGAAGGGGCACACAUGGCAUGGCUUUGAAACUGUCCCUCGCGGCUGGCUGUCAGGGAGGAGGUUGCAUCACUGCAGUCGACGUUCGCCAGCCGUGUGCGUGAGAAAGUCAAUGCGGAGAUAGAGAGGGAGUUCGACAAGAUCCGCAGACACACGCAGCAAAGGGAGACAGAAAUGGUACACGCGCACCCACUUGCACACAAGCACAGCACAUAUCAUAGCAGUCGCAUACUUCACAUGUGACAUCAGAGUGAGAUCGUUGAGAAUUUGACGACAGAGGAAAAGUAUCGUCAGGAGAAGGCCAGCCUGGCCGAGCAGCUCAAGCGGGCGCAGGACGCUGCAGUCGCGGCCGACGAGAGAUGCCAAAAGGUUGGUGGCCGAUGGGUGGCUGGAAGCGAAGCGACACACACACUUUGUGUGGUUGGAAUGUAUGUUAUGUGAGACAGGCCGUGAGUGAGAAGGAGGAGAUCACCAAGACGUCCGAGGAGUCGCUGCAGCAGAAGAGCGCCGCCCUACACGGUCGGUACCCAUCUCACCUCUGUGUGUCUACCUACCUACCUACCUAGCUAUGGAUGUGUGUGUGGCUGUGCUGUUUGGCUGUUUGGCUGUGUGGCUUCCUUCUUGCCUUGUAGCAUUGGACCGUCAGGUCGUCACAUUGCAGCACCAGCUCCACGAGUCCAGCGACGCAGCGCUGCUCGAAAAACAGAAGACGCAGAUCAAAGGUGGGGUGCCUGGCACAGAUGGGAUGGCUGGCCACACAGCCUGCCUCCCUGCACUUACACGCAUCGGAUGCAUCUGUGCGUGGGUCACUUACGUUCCAUGUCUGCAGAGAUGGAGCGUCGCAUUGAGAGUUUGACGGUGAGUUUGCGUGAGGCCUACGACGUGAAUGUGGAGAAGCUCAAGGAGGACGUCAUGAACACACGACAGGAGCUGCUGCAGUGGCGAGCCGUCCCGGAGGUCAUCAACAUGCCUGGUAGUCUGUCUCUCUGUCACAAGCAUACAUGUGAUGGGAUGGAUGUGCACUCAUGCACCACACACAAAGGCACGGCACGCUCGUAUGUGCGUGUGUCUUGAUGGACUGCUUCAUCCAUGAUGGCCAUGCAGUUGACCCUCGCAGCAUGAAGCAGCUGCUGGAGAACCAGUACAGAGAGCUGCAGGAAGAGAAACAGAGGGCCGGCGUCCAGGUGGGUCGGUCGGUGGGCCCAUGGAUGGAUGGAUGGAUGGAUGGACACACACGCCACACACCCGCACCCCAUGUCUUGACCUCUUCUAUGUGUCUAUCGGUGCGGUCUGUGUGUGUCUUCAGUCUCACCUGAUAGCCAGCCUGAAGGAGGCCGAGAGGAACUGGAAGGAAGACAGAUCGGUAGGUAGGUCAGGCGAGGCGAGGCGAGGCGAGGCGAGGUGGCUGCCACACAUCACACGGACGGAUGAAUUGAUGGAUGGACGGACGGGGGGUUGCACUGCACCGGUGCAUGCAUGCCAUGCAGCGUCUGAUGCGGAUCAUUGCCGAUCGCGACGCUCACAUCAGAGCUGUCGAAACUGAGGUCAGUCAGUCAGCCACACACUCACACAGUCACACACUCUGGCUAAUGCGUGUGUGUGUGUGUGUGUGAGUGCAGGUCCAUGCCCGUGCUGCGGUGUACAAGACCAAAUACGAGGAACUCAAGCCCAUAGUCGAUGCAUACAAGGUACACACACACACCACACCUUGCCCAUCCAUCAUUUUUCCCCUCACUCAACUCGUCACCUCCUUUCAUCAGGAAUUUCUGAACGAGCGCGAGCGCAAACGAGCCCGUGUAGCGGAGCCCGACAGCCCCCAGCAGACAUCCACCGUACCAGCUGCUGCUGCUGCUGCUGCAGCAGCGGCAGCAGGGGGAGGUAGCCCAGGUGCCGCGGCAGCUGCCCAGCCUGACGUGCCGCCAUCUGCUGUGGCCGACAUGGGUGUUGGUGACGUGAUGGACGACCAGCCGCCGCCACGACGGCCGCCGUUCGACACCGAUGUGAGAGAGAAAGGGGUGGGGAUGUGAUGGACUGACUGGUGGAUGGAUGGAUGGUGUGUGGGUGGAUGUGUGUGUUCGUAGAGGUGGCUUCGCAUCUUGGAUGAGGUGGAUGAGCGGCACGCUGAGGUCAAGCAGCAAGUGGACGAGGUGAGUGGGGAGGGGACCUCGGGGCAUCACUCACUCAUGCCGUCACAAUGCGAUGUGUCUGUCGUCUCGUCUGGCUGGCUGGCUGUUUGUCCAGGUCCGUCAGAAGGAGCUGUUGCUGCAGAGUCUGCAGCAGCGACAGAUACUUAUGGAGGGCGAGAACCAAGACCUCAAAGCCAAGCUGCAAAAGGUCACUCACUGGGCGGCUGGGCGGGUGGGCGAGAGAACGAUCGACUCACACAAAUGGAUGGAUUGAUGGAUGGAUGGAGGCAGAUUGAGGCGCAUCUGAAGGAGACCUCCCUCAAGUCAUCGCAGCGCAUCAAGGACCUCGAGCGACAACUAACCGAUGCACUGCAGAGACGAAUGGGUCAGCCACUCAGUCAGCCCAUUGUAACACCAACCAGUCCGCAACACCUGUCUGUCUGUCUGUCUGUCUGUGUGUAUGCAGAUGCGCGUGACGUGGCCGAGGAGGGGCUGUACAUCCUGCAGGCGGCGAGCAGCCCAGACGAGAUCGUCAAGAGGGCCGCCAAGAAGCAGCUCGAACGAAACAUCCAACUCAGAAUCAAAAACGUAUGCGAUGGACGCAAGGCAGACAGACAGCCGCAGCCACAGCCACCUACGCGCCAAUGGAUGGAUGGUCAGGAUGCGCUAGAGUCCGCGCGUCAGGAGAUCGAGAAGCGUGCGGACACGAUGGCCAUCCAGCUGCAGAAUGCACUGGACAAACUACAGAAGGCGGGGAUGCACCAGGAGACCGACGCGCAGCACCUGGCCGAGGGCCCGGGGGCCACACUCAGUGAGGAGAACCACAUGCUCAAGACCGACCUCGCCAAGGUCAGAGAGAGGAAUUGCCGCAUGUCGGUCGGUGUGUCCCACCCAAUGCGAUGCAUGUAUGUAUUUAUGUCUGUGUCCCGAUGGAUGCGAUGCACUUGGCUGGCUGGUCAGACCCGUGAGGAGCUGCAGUCUUUCAAGGAUCGAUGCAUCUACAAGACACUCUACCGCGAGUGAGUAAGCAGUUACUGCAGCUAUCGUAUGUAUUGUAUGGCCAUCGCACACAAGACAGACAGACAGACGCACGUCAGUCGUGGAUCUGAUUGAUGUGGCCUCUCGCUCCAUGUCGGUCGCCUCCCUCGCCCAUCCAUGUGUGUUGUGUUGGACUCCAUUCCCUGCAGGGCAUAUCAGCGUGGCGUCCGAGAUCUCACUGGAUGGGAUAUCACAUUCGAGGCAAACCGUAAGCACAGCACAGCACAUCCACAUGUGAUGUGUGCCGCAAGCAAGACACACACGCACACAACCAACAUUCCCAUCGGAUGGAUCCUUGUCCUUCUCUCUCCGUAAUUAAAACAGAGAGCGAUCUGAUAGUCCGUCGCGGCAUCGUCCCCCAGCACGAUCGCCGCCUGGGCACCUUCCACCUGUCGUCAGUAUUCGACCGCGAGCAGCCAGUGCCCCCGUCGCGGCAGCUGCGGUUCCGUAUGAAGCUGCCAGUGGGGGAGACCAAACCCCUUCUGCAGCUCAUGGUGGAGGAGCAGGACCUGGUGGCCAGAGACCUCGUCAACCAACACGGAGGACAGGCGGGAACGGUAGGUACGCAGGCAGGGAUGAAUCGCAUUCAUGGUGCGUGCGAGGCGUGUGGGUGUGGUGUGUUGAAGAUUGUCGUGUCCUGCUGUGUUGGCCUUGCAGGUGUGUGUGGAUGGUGUGGGCUCGACGUCGUACGCGAGGAUGCUGGCUCACAUCGUGACCGGGUCCUCACCGGCCGAGUGAGUGAACCGAAGAGAAGGGCUCAAAGAGAAGGGCUCGCUGCUGUAGUACUUACAUGGAUUGGGAGACAUACCAGAUGCAUUCAUGUCAGUGUCGUGGAUGAAUUAAGUCGUCACAAACGCACCCACGAGACAUACACUUAGGUCAUCUGCGAGAAAUG